GGGGCGGUGGGUCGGCAGGAGUUGGUCGUUUCAGUGAUCCUCGAGCCGCCAGCUGUACGCUUGUGCUGUCCGACGGGUGGAGUUUGGCUGCAGUCCACAAGACAAAGACAAAGUGAUGGGGGACGGAGCGCUGCUGUACCGGAGCCGGACUUAACGUGACUGAAGGCCUUUGUGACUCCUGCCGAGCUCCCGGAUCUUCACCACACAAGAAAAACCACCUGCUGUACCCAGCUGUUUUUGUCCCAGUGUUUACAUCUCUUCCGCCAGUGGGAGGCAUUUCUCAAACCGCAGAAAACCUCUGCAACAAGGGACAGGCAGUUUUUUUUUGCACACCUGCCUUAAAGAAUUGUUCCCCCUUUUUUUCCCGGAACUCUUUUCAGCUCAGUUUCAGAAUCCAGUUUGAGGUGAAUCUACUGAAAUACUUAACACUGCCCAAGAGGGCAACAACAAGAUGGUCACCUGUAUUUGUAAUAAUUCGCAGUUCAAUGCAAGGAGAAGCUCCACCCCCUAGUUAUCUUGAUGAAGGCCUUUUUCUGACAAAAAGGUAAAGGCCACUUGGGGCCUGGAGGUGAAGACCUGCACCUCUUUUCACAUCUGCUCAGUCCUGGGAUUUUACACUGUUUUUGAACUGAACCCAUCCGACUUCAAAGAUGGAACUCUUCUUCAAUCCUUUUGAUAACUUGGUGUGUAUCCUGCUGGGCAUCUCCUUCACCGUGUGGUUCACCCUGCUGCUGGUCUUCAUUAUUGUGCCUGCCAUCUUUGGGGUGUCCUUUGGUAUCCGGCGUCUUUACAUGAAAACACUGUUAAAGGUCUUUGAGUGGGCCACACUUAGGAUAGAGAGAGGAGCAAAAGAAAAGAAUCACCUCCUGUACAAACCCUAUUCAAAUGCUAUCAUUGCCAAGGAGCCAACCUCCUUGGAGGAGGAGAUCAAGGAGAUCCGGCGGAGUGGCAGCAAUAAAGACCUGGACUCAGCCACCGAGUUUGAGUUAUCUGACAUUUUCUAUUUUGCCCGGCGAGGAGUGGAAAGCAUCAUGGAUGAUGAAGUGACCAAGCGGUUUAGUGCUGAGGAGCUGGAGUCCUGGAAUCUGCUGACCCGCAGCAACUAUAAUUUCCACUAUAUCAGCCUGAGGCUGACUGUCCUAUGGGGGCUGGGCCUGCUGAUCCGCUAUGGUUUCCUGCUGCCUCUCAGGGUCACUCUUGCCUUCACUGGUGUAGGUCUGCUUGUGUUCCUCACCUCUGUUGUUGGGCUGCUGCCAAAUGGAAGGAUGAAAAAUUUUCUGAGUGAGAAAGUCCAUUUGAUGUGCUACAGAAUAUGCGUCAGAGCUUUGACUGCCAUUAUAACCUACCAUGACAGUGAGAAUAAACCCAAAAAUGGAGGCAUCUGUGUCGCUAACCACACUUCACCAAUUGAUGUCAUCAUCCUGGCAAGCGAUGGCUGUUAUGCUAUGGUUGGACAAAUCCAUGGUGGCUUGAUGGGGGUCAUUCAGAGAUCCAUGGUCAAAGCUUGUCCACACAUUUGGUUUGAACGCUCAGAAGUAAAAGACAGACAUCUUGUGGCCAAAAGAUUGAGCGACCAUGUAGAAGAUAAAUCUAAACUGCCUAUCCUCAUUUUCCCAGAAGGUACCUGCAUUAACAACACAUCGGUUAUGAUGUUUAAGAAGGGCAGUUUUGAAAUCGGUGCCACAGUCUACCCUGUGGCUAUUAAGUAUGAUCCCCGCUUUGGAGAUGCUUUCUGGAAUAGCAGCAAGUUCGGGAUGGUCAGCUACCUUUUGCGUAUGAUGAGCAGCUGGGCCAUCGUCUGCAGCGUGUGGUACCUUCCUCCCAUGUCUAGAGAGGAGGGAGAGGAUGCAGUACAGUUCGCAAAUCGUGUUAAAGCAGCCAUAGCAAGGCAAGGAGGACUAGUCGAUCUCUUGUGGGAUGGAGGACUGAAAAGAGCAAAGGUUAAAGAUACCUUUAAGGAAGAGCAGCAGAAGCUGUACAGUAAAAUGCUGGUUGGCACCCAGGAGGACCGCAGCCGCUCCUGAAGGACCUUUAUGGAGAUGGACUGAUUCAAAGCUGGGCACCUCUUACUGAUUAGGCGAUCAGCAGCGGUCCUUUUCUGUCGGAGCCCCUGGACUGGAAAAUUCUGUCCCUGAUGUCAAAAGUACUCCAUUUGGCUUCCUCGGUCACUGCCUCAGCCUGGCAUGUUAAGUUUGCUUCGCUGUUACGGGUCAUUCUGAGUCUGCUGCCCUGUGUUGGAAUAGCUUGACCGAAGCCUCGCUUGCAUUAGAAAUGAAGCAACAGAGUCUUCCUUGGUGGCAGUCUUUAAGGAAAAGUGUUUAUUUUGUUUGUUUGUUUGUUUGUUUUUUCAUUUAAUAGUUUAAUCUUUUUUUUUUAAGAUUUUACAGUCAUGUUUUUAAGUUAUGUUUCAGUUUCAGACUUGAUUAUACCCGGGGUGUAUAAAAGAGUUAUUGUAGAUAAAAACUCAGUUGUUCUAAAGCUUGGGUUUUUUCAUGACCGGCUUGUACCCUUGAUUCAGGGCACAGUGCCAGAUUUUGUUACAUUUCAAAUAUUUUUAUGGGCUUUUUUCCAAGAUGAAAAACAGACUUGUAUUUUAAGCAUUGAGUUUUACAUUAAGACUUGUAUCAACACAUGGUCACUGUAGGAGCUGCGCUUGAGACGUGUUCCUGAUAUGCUGUCUGUGAUUUCUUUUCUUUUUUUUCUCCUCUCUCCACUGAAUGUGCAAGUGCUCACAUUAUGAAGUGGAAAAUGUGCACCCACAGUUACUCUGAUGGAAGUUUGUAGAUUUAGACACCUAUUCCUCUUCCAGCUAAUAAUGUAUAACUGGAAAAAAAAGGGAUUAUUAGGAAUUUCUUCAGCAUUGUUCCUGUAAGGCUUGUGUCACGCAGGUAACGAUGUAAAAUCAUAACAGUGGGUCUCUUCACUAAACGCAUAGAUAUAAUGGCAAAUAGCCAAAACAUACUCAUACUAAUACACCUUUUAAAAAGACAUCUGUUCAUUGACUUCCUGCCAUUGCAGUGAACAUGUUGGCUAGUUUAUUUUAAGUAAACUCUAAAAGCUAUUGUGUUUAUCUGCCCCACCUCACCAAUGACCUUUUUCCUAACUUAGCAGCCUCAAGGAGGUUUCAUGAACAGACUGCAGCUUUACUUUGAACUCAAGAAACUUGGUGGACGGCCUCAUUGGUUUCUCCCUGGGACCUUUAUCUCACUGGUCUGCUGUUAUCAGGGAUAGUCGUUUAGAUUAUGUCAAAUCAUUUCAUAAAAAUAAUAAAUGUUCAAGAAUGUUCACUA